UAAUGUCAACAAUAACAACAAAAAUGUUUUCAUCACCUGUAUCAAGAAGAUUUGAAAGAGAAAAAGAUAAUCGAGAACUCGAACUUCGUCGACGAAAAUGUUGUGAAACUAUCGAUUUUCGUUCAUCACUAUUCAAAUCUAAUCAUCAUCAUCAUCAUCAUCAUCAUCAUUAUAAAAAUGUAAAUAAAUCCUCAUUGUACAUCAUCAUCAUCAUUGUUGAAAUUGUAUUGAUUCAAUUGACAUUGAUUUCGAUCAAUGAAGUAUGGGCAACACGUACAAAUCUUCCACCUAGAUUUAAAUCCGAUAGUAAUGAUUUUGAUACACAAUCUGAAAUUGUUGUACGUGUUAAAGAAGGUGCUUCUUCAUUGAAUAAAGAAAUUUAUCAUCUUUAUGGUGAAGAUCCUGAUAAUGAUCCAUUGACAUUCGGUGUUCUUGGAACACUUGGUAAAGAUCUCUUACGUAUUGAAUCAAUAUCUAAUAAUGAAGCCAAAGUUUACCUCAAAAAAGAGCUUGAUCGUGAGAUACAAGAUUCGUAUACAUUAGUAUUAACAAUAACUGAUGGUAAAUUAGGCAAAGGAAAUUAUAUAACAAAAUCAUUGUUAUUGAUCGUUGAAGAUAUCAAUGAUAAUGCACCAAUAUUUCGUCCAUUUAGAACGGCCGUACUAGUCAAAGAGAAUGCAAAACCUGGAACUUUGAUCGAAACAUUCGAAGCAUUCGAUUCAGAUGAAGGCCGAUUUGGUCAAGUUUUCUAUCAACUUGGUGAUGAAAUUCAUGAUACUAAUUCACUUGGUUCGAAUAUGUUUUCCAUUCAAACAGUAGAUGGUAUGUAUUCGAAUAAUCAAUUGAUGUGUUUACUUAUUUCUAAUUCGUUAAUAGGCAAAGGUAUUUUACGUUUAUCCGGCCAAUUGGAUUAUGAACGUAAAUCAUUAUAUCAGAUUCGUGUAUUGGCCAUCGAUCGUGCGAUGGAAGAUUCAAGAAAAACAUCAACCGCUGCUAUUGUUAUUCAAGUGGAAGAUGUAGAUGAUCAACCACCAAUAUUCACAUCGAUUCCAUCGGUAACAAGAAUAUCUGAAGAUACACCAAUCGGUGGCCAUGUUUUACAGGUGACCGCUAUCGAUGGUGAUAAAGGUGUGAAUAAUCCUAUAACAUAUAGAAUCAUUAAAGGCGGUAAUGGUUUAUUUUCAAUUAAUUCAAAUACCGGUAUCGUAAGUGUUGCUGGAAAAUUGGAUCGCGAAGCAUCGGUUACUGAUUCUGGAACAGAAGCAAUUUAUUCAUCAGCAAAUCUAUUGUCAGCUUCGUAUAUUUUGGAAAUUGAAGCUACUGAAGUAACACAUGCUAUUUUUCCACCACCAUCAGUAACAACCGAAGUGACAAUCAUUUUAACCGAUGUUAAUGAUGAAGUACCAAGGUUUCGGUUUAAAUCUUAUACUGCUGAAAUAAUCGAAAAUUCACCAUCUGAUAUGCCUGUAACGUUUACUAGACGUAAUGCUAAAAAUAAUCGAAUGGAUACAAAUGAUCAAGCCAUGAAUAGUUUGCUAUCACCACAAGUCUAUGAUUUGGAUCAAGGCAAUAAUGGAACAUUCACUUUACAUUUAGAAUUGGAUGAUGAUCAAUCGUUGGACAAAGAUCUGCGAGCACAACUAGUCGAUACGUUUUAUGUGACUCCAUUACAAAGUACCAAUGAUGCCACAUUAAGUGUUAGGAUUCGAAAUUCAGCAGCAUUAGAUUAUGAAAAACUAAAACAAAUCAAAUUACGAAUGAUUGCCAAAGAACGAUCACCAUCUGCUGGCCAUCAAAAUUUACGAUUCACUAGUGCCGAAUUAAUUGUUUCGAUCAAAGAUGCCAAUGAUAAUGCACCACAAUUCAGUCAGGAAAUCUAUUAUGGCUCAGUAUCGGAGAUUCCAAAGCCCGGAACUAUUGUGGCUCAAGUUUCAGCCACCGAUAUUGAUGAUGGCUUAUUCGGUACUGAUGGUAUCAGAUAUACAUCUUUAAGAGGUGAUAUUGCAGCUGCACUUUCAUUAAAUCCAAUGACAGGUAUAAUCACUGUAAAAAAUGACACCGAUAAUAAAGAUUCCAGAAAUUCAGUGUAUUUCGAUCGUGAACAACAUACCCAACAUUUUUUGAUCGUAGAAGCAAGAGAUGCGGCCGGAUUCGGUAAUAAAAACACUGUUCAAUUAGUGAUCAACAUUACCGAUGUAAAUGAUCAAGUUCCAAGAUUUUUACAAAGUUCAUAUACAGGACGAAUCUAUGAAAAUCAAAAGCGAUUUGAACAAGAUUUGUUUGUGAGUGCUUUGGAUGAUGAUGCACCAAAUACGGCCAAUUCUCGUAUACUUUAUUCUAUCGUUAAUAAUUCGUCGCCAUUUUCACCACAUUUCAAUAUUGAUCCGAACUCAGGUAAAAUUACCGUUGCUAAACCAUUAGAUUUCGAAUCGAUACCUGGUCAAAUAGCUGAUUCACGAAAUAUAUCGUUCAAAGUCCGUGUACAUGAUCAUGGAAUUCCGCCGUUAAGCAAUCAAGUUCCUGUUAAUAUUCUGGUAUUUGAUCAAAAUGAUAAUGCACCUGUGUUUUCAAAAUCUCUAUACACAAAAUCAAUACCUGAAGAUGUACGUGAUGGAUCGAUGGUCGUACAAGUUAGUGCCACUGAUGCCGAUCAAUCACCAGCUAAUUCUCGUGUUUAUUAUCGUUUACUAUCUGGUGGCGCUGAUAAAUUUGUCAUUGAUAGUAAUACGGGAAUAAUUUCCGUUGCAAAAGGAGCAUCACUUGAUCCAGAUAAAUCAUUAUCGAUUGGCAGUUCUAAAAUGUCCAAAAAAUUAUGGUAUCUUCUCAAAGUGAUGGCCAUUGAUUCGAGUUUCGGUACCGAAGAACAAUUGUCCAGUAUUGCUACAGUAAAUGUGUCCAUCAUUGAUGUAAACAAUAAAGCUCCUGAAUUUCCAAAUAAUUUACCUGAAGUUUAUGUGGCUGAAGAUGCUAAAAUUAAUCAAUUUGUAACACAAAUUAGUGCAUUCGAUCUAGAUGAUAAACCUGUGUUACGGUAUUCAUUCGAUUAUUCACGCUCAGAAGCUCGUAAUGAUUUUGGCGUGGCCAUGGAUCUUGCAUCAUUUGCCGAAUCAUUUUCAAUCGGUCCGAUAGAUGGUGUAGUAAGAGUUGCUAAAUCCCUUGAUCGAGAAUUAUGGUCAAUAUUGAAGUUACAGGUUGUUGUUGAAGAUAUUGCAGCCAUCACGAAAGGCCAGAAAGCUCGUACAACAUUUACGAUUCAUAUUACUGAUAUAAAUGAUAAUCCACCUCGUUUCAUUCAACGAUUAUAUCGAGCAAUUGUUCCAGAGAAUUCUAUACCUGGUACAUCCGUAAUAACAGUAACAGCUGAAGAUCGUGAUACGAACAAAUCACUUACAUAUUCAUUGGAAAGUGAAGAAUUUGAUUUGUUAAGAUUAUUGCGAAUCAAUUCUACAACUGGUGAGAUUUCUGUUUUAGGUCGUAUCGAUCGUGAGAUAUAUAAUUGGCUAAAUCUUACGGUUCGUGCUAUCGAUCAUGGUGAUCCACCACUUUCUGGAACGGCCGAAAUUGCUAUCCAAGUUCUUGAUGAAAAUGACAACAAUCCAGUGUUUGAUGAUGAAAAUUUACAUAAAGUUACCAUACCGGAAGAUUCACCAAUCGGAUCACUAGUUGUACGAAUAACAGCAUCUGAUGCUGAUAUUGGUGCAUUUGGAAAGUUAACAUAUCUACUUGAUUCAAGUUCUUCGUUGGGAAAAUUUAAAAUUGAUCGCGAAACGGGUUCAAUUAUUGUGGCUGAUCAUCUUGAUCGUGAACAGAUUCCAUUCUAUAAACUUUUGGUACAAGCAUGGGAUAAUUAUGAAUAUGGUUUCAGUACAGGUGAAAGUCGCAAAGCAUUCAAAACAUUGACCAUCGUUCUGAGUGAUGUUAAUGAUGAAACGCCUACAAUUGUAUUUCCAUCUCCUGAAUCUGAAUGUACUUUUAUCAGUGAAUUUCAUAGUCAAAAUGAUCCUGUUGUCACUAUUCAAGCUCAUGAUGCCGAUGAUCCAUCCUUGCCGAAUGGUCAAAUUUCGUUUGCCAUUGUGAAUGGUAACGAUGGCCAUUUGUUUGAAUUUUCUCCAAGUGAUACUGCUAAUAGUGUUGUACUUCGAACUCGAAGUUCAUUACGUGGUCGCGUUGGGAAUUUUACCAUUUUCAUUCAAGUGAGCGACGGUGGCUUACCGUCAAGGAUAUCAACAUCACCUAUCAAAAUUUGUGUGACUGAUGUCAACGAUCAUAAUCCAAUCUUUGUGAAACCACCAUCUAAUAUGACGAUUCGAAUUCCAGAAAAUGCAACGAUUGGGACUCGUGUUGUCGAUGUUCUUGCUUUAGAUUCAGAUCAUGGUUUGAAUGCUGAAGUUAGAUAUCGUUUACGAGAAAUAGCCAAUGGUCAAUGGCGUUCGUUUCAAAUCGAUCCAAUCACCGGUGUGAUAACUUUAUCUAAAGAAUUAGAUCGUGAAUCGGUUAGAGUUCAUGAACUUCGUGUACAAGCUUAUGAUCUUGGAACACCAACUCCAUUGUCCACAGAUUUAGACAUUACUGUACUUGUGACCAAUGUCGAUGAUUUUGAACCAGAAUUCACUCAAGAUGUAUUUCAAGUUGUAUUCACAGAAAAUCUUUCGCCUGGAAGUGAACGUUAUAAACUUUUACCCACCAUUGAUAAAGAUGAUUACGAUUUCAGCGAUCCAAACACUGCUUUCAAAUCAAUACCAUGUUAUUUUAUUGUUGGUGGUGAUGGAUUAAGCAAAGAUAAUGAAGAAUUAUUCAAAUUAGAUACUUUCACCCAUGAAAUGUCGACAACUAAACCAUUGGAUCGUGAACAAAAAUCUAAUUAUACAUUGAUUGUACAAGCAACCAAUGAUUGUUUUCGUGUACCGCAUCGUGUUGAACGAUUUGAUCCGAAAGAUAAUUCAAUGUUACAAGUAUUGGUUGGCAUCAAAGAUGUCAAUGAUAAUCCACCUAAAUUUCUUAAAAAGAUUUUUUCUGGUGGAAUCACCACCGAUACCGAAUAUGGAACAAUAUUUAUGUCAGUCAAAGCAAUCGAUCCAGAUGUUGGUACACAUAGUCAUGUUAAUUAUUACAUUGUUUCCGAUGUACGAAAGUCAUUUUCCGAAGGUCUUGAAAAUGUUCCAUCAAAGCCAUUCGAAAUUAAUCAACGGACCGGUGAAAUAAGCCUGAAAUUUGAUCCACAAAAAGGAAUGAAAGGUUAUUUUGAAUUUGAAAUAAAAGCCAAUGAUACGGAUGGCCUGUACGAUAUUGCAAAAGUUUUUAUUUAUUUACUUCGUGGAGAUCAACGGGUUCGAUUUGUAUUACGGCUGACACCGCAAGAAUUGAGAGAAAAAUUGGAUAAAUUUCAAGAUGUCUUGGCUAAUAUUACCGGUGCAUUGGUCAAUGUGGAUAGUUAUCGUUUUCAUGAAGCAGAAGAUGGCAGUGUUGAUCAGAAAAAAACGGAUCUGUAUUUACAUUUUGUGAAUCGAGAUGAUAAUAGCAUAAUGGAUGUGGACAAUGUUCUUAUGUUGAUUGAUAAAAACAUUGACUAUCUGGAUGAUUUGUAUAAAGAAUUCAAUGUAUUGAUCAGUGAACCGACAUCGAUGGCCGAACCAUUCAUGGAAUGGGAAGAUCAAUUAAAAGCUGGUCUUGCUGGUACUUCUGCAUUUCUAUUCUUGUUACUUAUUCUGGUCAUUUCUCUGUGUUUGAAUCAAAAAAGCCGAUAUGAACGGCAAUUGAAAGCAGCCACCGUACCAAUAUUUGGCCAUGAACCACAAUUAACACGAAGUAAUGUUCCAAAUACUAAUCAACAUGCAACAGAAGGUUCGAAUCCAAUGUGGAUGACCGGCUAUGAUAAUCAAUGGUAUAAAGAUGAAGAACGUUUAAGUAGUGAAUCAAGUAGCAGUAGUAGUAGCAGUAAUUCAUUGGAUGAAAAUGCAUUGACCAAUGUUGCUAUCGAAGAUGAACAUUUAAAUUUUUCCUCAUUGGAUACAUUGGAUCAAGGUGAUGUAACACAUGAACAUAUUGCUGUUCGUAGUGAAUCAUCGGGUAAUAGUUCUUCAUCAACGACGAAUGAUCGAUCGGUUUUAUGUCGUAUCAGUAAUACAUUAUCGAAACCAACAUCGACUAUUGCUUCAAAUAAUCGAACGAUGAAUGGUACGGCAAAUUUUGGUACCGUUGGACGUCGUCAUCAAAUGAUUACAACAACACAACUAUCGAAUCCACCAGCACCAUUGAAAAAACCGCCAGCACCAAAACCACCGGCACCAAAUAUUGUGGUCAUCAGUGCAACAGCAUCAUCAUCAACGAUCAAUAAAAAUGAUCCACGAAAUGGUCAUUAUGUCUCAUCAUCAAAUGGUUCGACAACAAAUAAUGGGAAAUCACCUUGCAUAAAUAAUAUCUAUAUAGAAACAUUUUCUAAUCAUCAUAAAAAUAGUAAUGGUAAUGCAAUAUCGGUUAAUAAUGGUGGUAACAAACAUAUACCACAAUCAUCUACACAUGGCCAUUAUCAUCAUUAUCAUCAUCAUCAUUCUCAUCCACAUCCACAUCAACAAUCAUCAACCACCACUAGUACACAGCCACAUCAUUAUUUUGGAAUGAACAAAGGUCAAGAUUUAUCGAAUGAUCAUGCAUAUUUACCUGAAUCUCAAUUGAUGAAUCUGGAAACAACUGAACUAUGAUGAUUAUAAAUCUUAUCAGAUUUUUUUUUUUGACAAUUGACAAGAGUUAUUGGACAUUGCAUCAUUUUGUCAUUAUUAUUUGUGCCAUUUUUUUACGAAAUUUUUUUUUCUUCUAA